GGGCGUUGGGGUUGUGGGUUGUGUGUUAUUUUGAUGUGGUGCGAUGAUUUGGAAUGAGGGGAUGGGCGUGGAAUAAAUAACUAGGUCUGGGGGUUGCUUGGUUUGGUUUGGUUCGGUCUGGUUGAUGCGUGGUGCGUGGUGGUGGAUACGGAGUGCGCAGGAGGAGGUUAUGUUGGGGUUAUGUCUGCCCGGCUUUUUUUUUUCUUCUCCCGAAAUUAUUUGGGCUUUGAGCGUGGGAGUUACUGGCUUGUUUUUGUCAUCUACUUUGCUUGAUGAUCCCUCUAGAUGGGGCGUCCGCGGAGGUUUCGUUCUUCUCUCGACUCAUCGUCCUAGGUUUGCCGGUGAGGUUAGUAGUGAGUGUAUGGCACGGGACGGUAUCUAUGUACAGACAGACAGAAAAUGUACAUUUGCUCUCAACCACUCGAAACCGUUUCUGUCGCACGCUGUGUUAUAUGGGGCAUGCAGCGGGUGUCGAGAGUUAUUGAGCAAGAAACCCUGGAGCGGUUUCCAGCCAUAGCAAAUCACAUGUCCGCAAAAGCUCUCUUCUGUUUUA